AUGGCGUGCAGUAUAACCAGUACCAUGGCGCAGCACAAUGCUUCUAGGAUUUUUCUGAUCUGCAUUUUGUUUAUCCUGUCUCACAACACGUUCGUAAACAGUACCUUCAACGUCGAUUAUACGGGAUCCACCCUAACCGUAUCCAUUGGCAACAUUGAGUUGAUACACCAUACUGAGGACUCCCCGUUUUUAUACACUGGAAACGCCGAAGCCGACAUCGAUGAACUCCACGGCAAUUUUAAAAUCGAUGAGUAUCUGAUUGAGAGAAUUGCAUUAACAGACUUUGUCGUCCACAGCGAAAUUCCAGAAUAUAUUGUGUCGUUUUCAAGAAACGGGGAAUAUGCGACCAACGUCACGUUUAGCAAUGAAAACAAUGUUGUGAGGUUCAUGCAAACACCACCAGGAAUUAACCGUUACUGGGUUAGAUUUGUAGCAGAAGACGAUGAGCACGUCUACGGCGGAGGUGAGCAGUUCUCUUACUUUGAUCUCCGUGGCAACGAAUUUCCUUUGUGGACGAGAGAACAAGGAGUUGGUCGAAACAAGAGUACUAUCACGACGUUCAACGCAGACAACACCGACGGGGGCGGGGGUGACUACCACACGACGUACUUCCCGCAACCUACAUUCGUAUCCUCUCGCAAGUACUACUGCCACUUCAGCACGACCGUGUACUCGGUGUUGAAUUUCAUACCGCGCGAUUUUCACGAAGUUGAAAUAUGGAGCGCGGAGCCCGGGGAAAUUUAUUUCGACAUUGCGGACACGAUGCUAGAAUUAGUCCAAAAACUUGGUGGAUUUCUGGGACGACAACCGGAGCUGCCCGAGUGGAUAUACAGAGGGGCGACUCUCGGCGUACAAGGGGGUACCGACGCGAUGCUGGCAUACGUUGACCAAGCCAAGGAGUAUGAUAUUGAACUAAGUGCGAUGUGGAUUCAAGAUUGGGCUGGUCGGAUUACAACUUCUUUUGGAUCUAGAAUAUUCUGGAACUGGAAGUGGAACGAAGAACAUUAUCCCAAUCUGAGAGAGGAAAUACAAAAUCUAAAAAACGAAGGAAUUGGCGUGUUAACAUAUGUAAAUCCGUACUUAAACAUAGAGGGCGAUCUUUUCAAAGAAGGCGACGCUCUUGGGUACUUCGUAAAGAACACUGCCGGUGAUACUUAUGUCGCUGAUUUUGGAGAAUUUUUCUGUGGAACUCUCGACUUUACUAAUCCCGAUGCCUAUGAAUGGUAUAAAAACGAGAUUAUUAUCAAAAAUAUGAUCGAGUUGGGAUUGUCAGGAUGGAUGGCGGAUUUCGGGGAGUACCUACCAGUUAAAGAUGUUGUUCUCCAUAGCGGGGAGAGCGCCGAAGUGAUGCACAACGCCUGGCCUGCUCUCUGGGCCAAGAUGAACAGAGAAGCUGUAGAAGAAAGUGGCAAGUUAGGGGAAAUAGUGUACUGGAUGAGGGCGGGCUACACAGGUUCUCAGCAAUAUAGCACAAUAAUGUGGGCCGGCGACCAGUUUGUAGAUUUCAGUCGUAGUGAUGGUCUCCCGUCCACCAUCCCAGCAGCUUUGUCGAUGUCGAUGAUUGGCUGUGGAAUGACCCAUUUCGAUAUUGGUGGUUAUACCGCCCUUUACGGCUAUAGUCGAUCAGAAGAGCUGCUCCUUCGUUCGGCAGAGAUGGCGGUAUUCACCCCCAUGAUGAGAACGCACGAAGGAAACCGCCCAAAAGAAAACUGGCAUAUCAGAGAACGUCAACAGUAG